GCGCUGUUUUGCUGAUGACUCCAGUUGAACCCUGAGCAUACCUGCAACAUGGCGCAAGAACAGCCGACCAACUAUGGCGAGCAGUGGUUUGCCGAGGCUGCCGAACGCUGGGGUGAGAUGCCCGUCGUCAUCGAGUGCAACCUCAACGCUCUCAAGGAAAUGGAGACCCAAAUCAACAAGCGGGGCCUCGACUGGAAGCAGCUCUCCGUCCUCGAAGUGGGCUGCGGCGCUGGCGUGCUUUCGCUGGAGCUUGCUGCCCGGGUCAAGGACGUUCUGGCUGCCGAUCCGUCUGCAGCCAUGAUCGCAAAGCUCAAGGAGCGUCAGGCCAAGGCGGGUGUCACGAACGUCGAGACGCUCAACGAGGCCAUUGAGCGCACCGAGCAGCUUGAGCCAGCCUCGCGAGACAUUGUGGUCAUUUCCCUCACUCUGCACCAUGUGGCCAAGGUGGAGGAGCUCUUGGCAGCUGUGCGCCACUGCCUAAAGCCCGGUGGCCUCUUCUUCAUUUUUGACUUUGAGCGCAUGGAAGACCAAUCCAACUUUCACGAUGACUUUGAUACCACCGCGGCCGGCGUCCACCACACGUCAGGCUACGACCGCGCCCUGCUGACGGAGAUGCUUGCCCCGCACGACCUCAAGGUGGUGCACGCCGAGAAAUCCUUUAUGAUGACCAUCCCCAAAGAAAUGAUGGACCAAGCCAAGAAGACAGAGUCAGAGGGUCACGGUCAUGAGCAUGGCCACAGCCACGGCCAUGGACAUGGUCAUGGUCAUGGUCAUGGUCACGGCCACGGGCAUGGCAACACUGGCCCCUUUCCCAUCCUUUGUGCCGUAGCAGAGCGUGUGUAGAACCAUUUGACCAAAUCUCUUCUGAAACUGAAUUAACAUGUAAAAAAAAAAA